CAGCCUGCGGAACCUUUGGAAUCUGGGCUCCCGGGCGAUCGCUGCCGCGGGUUCGAGUCCCGUUGGGGUGGGGGGAAGAGCGCAGCGGGGCGUCCGGACCGUAAGUGUCUCUCGAACCGGGGUUCGGUGGACGUUUCGCGGAGAGAGGAAGGAAUGACAGCGGAUGAGCGGGACGGAACCGCGUCGGCGCCAUAAGUGGAGGAAGAGAAACGAGGAGGAGCAGGAGCCGGAGAGCGCGCGCGGAUGCCGGUGCCAACAGUUUCCCACCGUACUUCACGUACUGUGCAGCAGUGUUGGGACCGGGACCGGGACCAGAACCCUCAGGAGACACCUUCCUGAGUGGUCUAUGAAUGGCUGGACAACUUGUUGAGGAGCCGUUCUUGUUGGCCAUAUCGACGGGUCAGUCGCUCUAACAGGUUGAAACAUUUCAGCAUAACAGCAUAGCCAUCCUGCAAAUGACGGUCUCGACAAACUGGUCCCUGAAGUCGUCUUGGUCUCCAGGUACAAUACAAAAGGAGGAGAUGAGGUCACCCUUUUGAGGCUGGACUGGGCUGGACAAUGUAAGCUUCCUAACCUCUACUGCCACCUUGUGGAACUGCCAUGGCCCACCGGUCACAGCGCUCCUCCCUGGGGGACAACCCGUUGGACCCAAACUACCUACCGCCCCACUACCGUGAGGAGUACCGCCUGGCCAUCGAUGCUCUGGUGGAGCACAACCUGCAGGGCUACUAUGAGUUCCUGCAGAACGCCGGCAUGGUGGAGUUCCUGUCCCGCCCGGAGCUGGAGCACAUCCUCAGCACGGUCCAGGCCCCACGACAGAGCUCCCAGCCUGAGCUGCUCUACCAGGAACCCGAGGCCGAUGGCUCCUCCGACACCUAUUGGCCUGUCCAUUCGGACCUGGAGGCUCCAGUGCUGGACCUGGGCUGGCCCGUCCACCACAGCUUCAUUGGGCCCACGGAGGUCACCACGCUGGUCAACCCCUCGGACCCUGAGAUGCCCAGCAUCAAGGAGCAGGCCCGUAGACUCAUCAAAAGAGCUCAGCAGGUCGUCGCUGUGGCAAUGGACAUGUUCACAGACGUCGACAUCUUUUCUGACCUCCUGAAUGCAGCGGCGAGGAGCGUGGCGGUCUACAUCCUGCUGGACGAGCAGAACGCACACCACUUCUCUGCCAUGGUCAGCAGUUGCGGGGUCAACCUGACCUUGGUCAAGAUGAUGCGAGUGAGGACAGUGUCCGGGACCCCCUACUUCUGCCGUACAGGGAAAUCCUUCAAAGGCCAGAUGAUGGGCCGAUUUCUGCUAGUGGACUGCAGGGCUGUCCUCAGCGGGAAUUACAGCUUUAUGUGGAGCUUUGAGAAGAUCCACCGCUCCAUCGCCCACCUCUUUCUCGGGGAGCUGGUGACCACAUUUGAUGAAGAGUUCCGCAUCUUGUACGCUCAGUCAGAGCCACUGGUCAUGGAGAAUGCCCUGGUGCCCAUGCCUGGGGAUGGCAGCUACUGCAAAAAGCAAUUUGGUAGCACCAGACCCUCAAUGCCCAGGAACCCCAGAGGAUACCUGCACACAGAGAUCCCUCAUUUUGCGGAGUUACCAGGAUAUCCCUUAGAGGGCCGCAUGGACUCGGAGGGUAGAAUGUCACCCUUCAGGAGGGAUGAGCCUUGUCCUGGUUAUCUAGAUCGUGAUCCGCUUCAGAUGUACAGCAACAGACACUCCUCUCAGCAGUUAAACAUAGAGCGGCCUUUCCUGGAGCCGGACCGACCCAUGAUCUCUAGGCAGAUGGACAUAAACACUUACAAGAGGCACAGCUAUGCAGAAGGUAGCCAGGGUUCCUCACAGCAGUUGAUGCAGCACCGCAUCAAGCACUACCCUGAAGACGUGGAGUCCCUUGGUGGGCAUCCCAGAGAGCAGCAUUACUAUCUCCAAGGUGGACCUCCAGGUCCAGGCUCAGGCCACUCUGCGUAUAACAAAGUUCGAGCCCAUGGGUACCAUCAGAUGGAUCAGUUCCCAGAUCAGUAUGAACUGGGACUCCAGCCUGAGUCAGAGCCACCAGGUAGUUCCAGUCACAUGUUGGAUUACUUGUCCUCUGACUCAUCUAAAGAAAUGAGGUACCGUUAUGAGCAGAAAGCAGCCCCGGCUGAGGGUCGGUAUGGCCGUUCAAGCACAAAGAGACCAAGCCUUGGCCAACCAUAUGCCUGCCAGAGCUCACCCACUCAGCCUCAUUCACUUGAUCAGAAGCAGCCCUUCCCUAAGUCCAGUCUGGAUCACCAACCACAGGACCCAGGUUCAAAGCAGGGGCUACGUAAGUGGAGGAUCAACUCGUACCUUAGCACCUUGGAGAACUCCGGUGAGGAGGGUAUGGCAGAGCCUCUUGGUCCUGACGCCUUUGAUGAACCUUCACAUCCAUUCACUGAAGAACAGCAUGAUCCAGAGACAGCGCCUCCUGGAUUUAGUAACAGAGACAGUGCACAAAUUCCCAUAUCAAAGCCAGAUUUUCUCCCACGUUAUGGUAAGCCAAUCCUGCUUAAAGCAUCAAAGGGUCUCUCUGAAGAUCCGCCUUCUAUAGGGACAGACUCUGGGGCAAUAGAGGCUGCAGCUGCUUCAGGUAUGGUGUCUAAUACCGAGGGUGACAGAGCAGUAGAAGUGGAGUUCAGGAAGCCUAGAGAUCUCAUCAAGCAGGAGUCUUUCCGCACCAGACCCAACAUUUCACACCUGAGGAGCUCUAGACUAAGAUCAUCACUGAUCUUCAGCUCUUCCCAAGUGGAACAGCACUUCUCAGUAGAGGCAAAACCUGAAUCAGACGGCAGUAGUGAGAACGCUGUUGGAGAGAAAGACCCCUUGAAAACCUCCUCAGUCCUUGCUGAGAUAUUAGAGAAGAGGAAAUUUGUGCCUCGAGAACCAAUUGCCUGGAGUAGUCUGAAGCAGCCUAAACCAGAACUUUCCUUAAAAGAUUCCGAUGUCUCGGAGGCUCCAUGCGAAGGUUCUUCUAAAACGCUGAAGGUGUCAGAGUCAGCUGGUGUUUCACUAAAUCAGGAGAUGCCAAGAGACCAUAUAUACAAGGAACAAGUCAAAGUUGUACCUAAAGACCAAAGAAAAAUGAAAACAGAGCCCACCAAACCUUUACCGAGCACAGCAUUUAAUAUGGAUGAUCCAGACAGCAGGCUGUUAUAUUUUAAGGAACUGGCUGCUAAACGAAAGGCUUCAAAAAUAGCAAAGGAGUCUGCAACAGAAAAAGCAGAACCUUCUGUCAAAACUAAUGAUCUCGCCAAGGCUCAUUCUGAAAGUUCUCGAAAAAUACAGGUGAUUUCAGACUCCAUUAGUGUCUCAGGAAACCUCGAGAGGCCAAAAGAUCCUAUGAAUGAUCAACACAUCGAACAAAUCAAGGUUUCAACUGAGGAAGAAACAAAAUUAGCAAUCCCAAAGAAGCCUUCCAAGUCUAACCUACCAUCAUUAAUAAAUAUGAAUGAUCCAGAGAGCAGGUUCUUGUAUUUUAAAGAGCUUGCUGCUCAACAAAAGGCUUUGAAAGUGGCAAUGGAGUCUGCAAUAGAAAAACCUGCUCUCAAAAAUGAAGAUCUCUCCGAGGCUAGUUCCGAAAGUUUUAAUACAACACUUUUAGUACCAGGCUCCCUCUGUGUUUCAGGAGAUGUUGAGAUAACAGAGGAUCCCAAACAUCCCAAGAUUAAACCUGAGGUGCAAACUAAAAUAACACCUCUGGAGCCUCCAAAACCAUCAUCUACCACACCCGAGUCUUCCAUCGAAAACCCAGAACUUGCUGUAAAAAAUAUGGACAUUUCUAAAGCUGCCCCUGAAAGUUGUCCUGAUACCUUUGAGGUGUCCAAGGUCUGCAGUGUUUCACUAAAUAAGGAUCCUUCACAUGAACAAGAGAAGGAGCAGUCCAACACUGCAGAAGAGGAGCAAACUAAACUGACAGUUGCCACAGAGCCUCCUGCAUCUUCAUGCACUACUAAGUCACUUAUAAAUAUGUAUGAUCCUGAGGGUAGAUUUUUGUAUUUUAAAGACUUAGCUGCAAAGCAAAGCUCUAUAAAAAUUGGCGUGGAGUCUGUUGUGAAAAGUUGUCAACCCCCUGUUAAAAAAACAGACGACUCUGAAGCUCCAUGUGGAAGUUCCCAUAAAACAGCAGAGUUUACAGUCACUGAGGUGCAACCUUCUGCCGUGCAGAGUCCACGAGAAAUUAUUACAGAUAAGCCCGAGGAACGUUGUCCUGUCGCACAAUCUGAGAUCUCGCCGAGUCCACUAAAAAUUACUGAAAAGCUUGAGGAAUGUCCUUCUGUGACAGAAUCAAAGAUAUCAGAGAGUCCACUAAAAAAUAGUACAGAAAAGCUUGAUGGACAUCUUUCUGCACCACAACCCAAGAUUUCUCAGAAUCCGGUAGAAAUCAAAGUUGAAAAGCCUGUCACAUCAGCAGCACUGAUUUCCAAAAAGUCUGUAGUCUCUCAGGACCUACCAGAGUGUGAUAUCGGAGGCUCAGAGGCCACACUAGAAAGGUCGGAACUGGGAACCCGGAAGCAAGAAGCCAAAAGCUCGUGUGAACAUAUCAGCCCAAUGGCAGAGGAACCUAAAGGGGAACCACCAGCACCAAAGUCCACACCCAGCGCUUUACAGGAAGAUACUGUGAGGUCGCCCUUACCACCAUCCAUUCUUACUCAUACACAGCCCAGUGAUGAGGAGCUUCUGAAAGAUGCCACUGAUGCAGAGAAGAGUGAGUGGAUGAAGACCCGCGGUCACAAAGCCUCUGGCGUGGCCCUUGGAGAGUUGGGUGAGACACUGCCUCUGGGUUCCAGCUCAUCUCCUGACCUCGGGAUCGUCAGUGGGGACAAAAAUGAAACUGGGAGACCCAUGGGACUUCCCGGUCAAGGAGGUUUUGGGAACACGGAGGCUGUGGAUAUGCCCACCACCCCUGAAGUUUCAGGCCAUUUGACCCACGAAGGAGGUGAAACACCCAGCACAGCCACCACCGACACCAAAAAGAUGGCUAGAAGCAAAGAACAGGAAGCCAGUCACAGCCAGCUUCCUUCUGCAGCCUCGAAAACGAGCCCUUCGCGCUACCAAGCUUCCACCACCAACGUCCUUAACAGCAGUAACCUCAGGGAUGACACCAAGGUCAUCUUGGAACGCAUCUCCGCCAACAGCCAGAAUAGGAUGGAGCAGGCAAAGCAGGCGGCGGCCAUCACAGACGACGCCAAAGAAGGGGACAAGGAGCAAGUUGAGGACAAGGCCCCGGAGCACAGGGUCCCUGGACGAGGGCUGAGCCGGUUCCAGCGGCCUGGGGUCAGCGCCCAGGAGAGGGAGAGUCUGCUCAAGAGAAUGGAGAGCAUGCGCAAAGAGAAGAAGGUCUACAGCCGCUUCGAGUUGGGGUCGUAGCCUUGGGCGACGGUGCGGAGCGCUCAGAAACCAUUGGCUGGACGACGCGCCAGAGGCAACAGACUCCGCCCACUUGUCCUGAGUGACCACCGCUCUGCCUGCUGACCCUCACAUUAAAGGAGCGUUUGGGGCAACGUGCUGAAAGUGUCGAACGUGCUGAGCAGGCGACCGCAGGAGGCCUUUGCAUGAGUUCCAGAAGGAAAGGGGUGGGGACCAUCCUGCAGUCUUUCUGUGUACAUUUGUGGUGCCUCCUACAUUCCCCCCCGCCCCACACACACACACACACACACACACACACACACACACACACACAAGUGCACAUAUGUGCCAUCUUACACUCUUACAGCCAGAACACAUGAGGACAGCGACAGGCUCAGGGCUGCACCUGCAUCCGUGGCCCAUGUUACACCUGGUCCUCGGAAAGCCCACUUCCUGUCCCUUCCACAUUCACGCGUCCAUCCGCCUGGGAGACGUUCUUGCCCAAAGUGACCGAGAGGCCUGCUGGACCAGUGCUGAUGUCCGCAGAGAAGCUGGACAUAAAUGCAGUGGGAGCGCUGCACGGGUCACGUACUGUGUUUUACAACAACUGCCGCAGCAGCGUGUGGACACACUCAGGACAACAGUGUUAGGUAAAGUAUAAACGGGGUGUGUAUUUGAGACGUGAUGCCAAAGUACCACUUACGCCACAGCGUGAUCCAUAAAUGCAGUCAUUCUCGCUACGUUGCCAAAGACCGGUUGAAGGACGAGCCGAGUCCCUCGGUCGUGAGCGCAGCCUCAGGGGUGGGAGGAGCCUCUGGGAAAAGUGCCUCUUCCUGUUUCCCCAGAGCGCAAUCCCCACCGUGGCUGGCGAAUCACGUGGCUCUGGUGGGCGGGGCUCGGUGGGCGGGGCGGGGCGGCCAAUCGCAUCCCUCGGAGGAAAGUCGUACCUUAACGGGAGGAGGUUCAAUCACACCGAAGUUCUUGAGAAGAAUUGAUAUUUAAUUUAAGGUAACACACCCUGUUGCCUUUGAGGGGAACAGUUUCUGAGCAGCAUAUAAUGGGUCUUGUUUAUAUUUAUGCAAAAUACAGUAUAUUUGAAACUUUUAUAUUAAUCUGUAGUGCAGGAACGGUAGAAGUGGAGUCGUUAGCUUUUGAAUAGAGUAAAAUGUUUUACUGUUAAUGCUGUUUUACUGUCACUGUCAGUAGCUUUUCACUGAAUCACAACAGCUGGAAUUCCACCACGGUGCCUUUUCCCUCUCCUUUGCGCGCUGUUGUCUGAGAAAGAAAUACACUGCUGGAACUGUACACGGUCUACAAAUGUGUGUUUACAGCACUCUCUAGAGACGUACCAGGUUUACAGCGACAGGUUCUCCGUGAACUGCUCGACGAGUCUUUGACCGUUUCACGGGUAUCGUUCAUGUUGUAGCUUUAGUAACUUUUAAUACUCGUGUCACGUAUACAGCCGCAGCCCAAGCGAUUCCUACGAGGGACCCUUCUGUCGUUGUGAAUAAAGGAUUUUAAGCUCCGUUGAGCGUCUUCACUGUGUCCCGCUUCCUCUCCUUUAAUGGCUGUGGUGAAAAUUCACUUGGUUUUACCAGCUACGCUCCAGGAAGGACCGUGGCGUUUCCCCCGAGCGGCGAAAGUGAGCAACGGGGCCCCUUCCGGUCAACACCUCCGUUCUGGACCGAGUGGUCCGAAUGUAGCGCGUCCCCCGGGUUUGUCCUGCCGCUGGGACCUCUGCGAGAUGUGUCCCGCUGCCGUGAAGGGCGGAAGGAUGAGCGUUUGCUCAACAGCGCUCGACUGCUCCGAAGGGUUUCCCUCGCCGCUCGUCACUCUUCGCCCUUCGGCCCGUUGGACUCGCUGUGCUUCAGAACCACUGUUUUCUCCGGCGCCGUCUGCGCUCGGCGUCCUGCAGGGGAACCGCCUCGUCGGGUGAACUCGAGCCGAGGUCACGCUAUCGACGCCACGCGCACGUUGACUGUUCCGCGCUCGAGUCGCCAUCGCCCCCCCACCCCGCUCUCUACUUGUCUGCACUUCCAGCUGGACAUCUUGCCACUACUCCACUCUCAAGGUAUCCUACAGAGCCGCUGCCUGUCCUGUUCAACACGAACUCCAGCAGCUCCCGGUGGACUGUACCCUGUUGUCAUUAUUGACAGCUCAACAAACCAGGUAAGAACUACUGACUGACCAGAACCCCCCCCCCCCAGCACAGCACUGACCCCAGAGGAGGAGUGAGGGGUGGAUUCCCUGACCCUGUGGCAUCACGGAGGAACACGACCACGAAGGAGGCAGAGCCCUCUUGAAGGUACCGCUGAUGAGGGGUACAGAUGUACUGCACCGUGUUCCUGCACCGACACCAUGGUAACUCCAGUGUCCAUCCUUCUGCUCGCCAAUCGUGCUGGAGAAGUUACCGAAGCUCCAAGACCAGUGAAGCAGCCAUGACGCUGCUGCGGGACAGUCAAAGGUGCAGAGCGGUGGCGGCGAUGCGGACACCCUGGAUUAAUGAGGGAGGUUCUGAGAAACUCCAUCACGACCAAAGAAGUUAGACAUUGAAGGAGAAUCGGAGAACCUUCGGGAAGAGCAAGCGCAGUUACACUCAGCUGGUACCUCCUGUACGGCGUUCCUCUGAUGGCCCAACCCUGGACCUGGGAGGGGUGCGCUGCGGUCGUCCCCACGCGGCCCGAGCGUCCCGCUCCCACCGUAA